UCACAGCGAUGUAACUUCCGGCGGAAAUGAAGUGGAACCGCACAAACGAUAGACGACCUUUCAGAUUAAAACAAUUGAAAUAAACAACCAGAUUGACUCAACAUUUUGUGCACUUUUAAAGGGUGCCAUGACUGAAGAAAUGCUGGUCUAGCUGUCAGUCCUCAGAUGAAACACACUGUUGUAUAAUUGUUGCUGCGGUGAGUUGUGGUCCACAGAGUGCAGCUCUUAUCUGUACCUGACCUCUGACCAGUUUGGACUUUGGAUCUGCAGUUACCUUUGAGUCUUUGCAGUCUUAUUUGGACUCGGAUCGGUUUGCUUUCUACAGCUUCAGAUAGGAAAAUCUUUGUCCUUCACAAUUUUGGUUUGCAAUGCAGAUUUCCCCGCCUCUUCUUCCCGUCUUCCUGCUCCUUAUCAGUCCCUUCACUGCAGUGGAUGGCGGACGUGUGCUGGUGUUUCCAGGUGAAUACAGCCAUUGGUUGAAUAUGAGGAGCAUCAUGGAUGAGCUUGUGAGGAGGAACCACUCAGUCACAGUUUUAAUUUCUGAGGCAUCACCGUCUGUCAACUACAACAACAGCCGCGAUACCACCAAGUUCAGCUUCCUGGUUUUCAAGGUUCCAUUCAACAGAUCUGAAUUUCAUGGCCUCACUCAGGACUUUAUUCACUUCUCCAUGUACGAGUCACAUGAUUCAUCCCCACUGCAGAGGUUUUUGUGGAUGUGUGACUGGAUGCUACAAAUGGUGGAUUAUGGGAUGCAACAGUGUGACGCCAUGUUGAAGAAUGAGCAGCUGAUGGCAACUCUUCGAGAUGCUGCGUUUGAUGUCGUCCUGCUUGACCCGAUGGUGAUGUGUGCCGACCUGGUGGCCGAUGUGCUCGGCCUGCCUUUUAUCAUUUCUCUGCGCUUCUCAUUUGGCAAUGCCCUUGAACGACACUGUGGCCACACACCGGCGCCGCCGUCAUAUGUCCCCGCUGCUCCACUGCCAUACAGUGACCGCAUGAGCUUUGUAGAGAGACUGAUCAACACGGUGACAUAUGUUUGGUUGUCAGUGGUGACCGAAGUGUUCUGGAAGCUGACCCUGGAUAAGUACUACAGUGAGGUCAAAGGAAUUCCCAGCAGUGUCUGUGGGACUCUGGGAAAUGCUGAAAUCUGGCUCAUUAGGACUUUCUGGGACCUCGAGUCACCACGACCAACCCUGCCCAACUUCAAAUAUGUAGGUGGGCUACACUGCAAACCAGCCAAUCAGCUGCCAGAGGACAUAGAGGCGUUUUUGCAGAGUGCAGGCGACGCCGGUGUGGUUGUCGUUUCCUUUGGUUCCAUGGUAACCAACCUGACAACAGAGCGUGCUGAUGUCAUUGCCACCGCCUUUGGACGAAUCCCACAGAAGGUGAUCUGGAGGUAUAGUGGAGAAGCUCCUAAAACCUUGGCGGCAAACACAAAGCUUUACGAUUGGAUUCCUCAGAACGACCUGUUGGGUCACCCAAAGACCAGAGGGUUCGUGACUCAUGGCGGAACCAACGGUUUGUACGAGGCAGUUUAUCACGCCGUGCCAGUGGUUGGGGUCCCCCUGUUCGCCGAUCAGUCCGAUAACCUUGCCCGCCUGAGCCGCCGCGGUGCUGCCGUUGUUGUCAGCUUCAGCCACAUGACAGCCGAUGAGCUUUCAGAGGCGCUGCGUACCGUCAUCAACCAGCCCAGGUACAGGUCCAGCAUGCAGCAUUUGUCCAAGCUGCAACGUGACCAGCCUGUGACACCGCUGAGCACUGCCGUCUUCUGGGUGGAGUUUGUUAUGCGCCACGGUGGUGCACGACACUUGCGCCUAGCAUCACAUGACCUGAACUGGUUCCAGUAUUACAGUGUGGAUUCUGCUGCUGCCCUGUUGGUCAUAAUGGCAACAAGUGCCACCCUGUGCUGGGCAGGUGCGUGCCGUCUCCUGCAAUGCUGCAGACGAGGAGGAAGAGAAAAGAACGACUGAGUUUUGUUAGAAUAUAAAUAUCCAUGUGAUUCAUAAGAGAAAACGAUGUUCUUUAUGUUAGUUAUCAUGUCAGUUUUGUAAUAUCACCAUUGUACGAAUUUUAACUGUUACAACUUUUAUAGGAAUCUUAUUAAAAUAAAAAAAGAAGCGAGGAACGUUUUCUGAUUAUCUGAAAAUGCUGAUUGUUUUAUCGGUCAUAAGUCGACACCAGUUUGUUUUGGUGUUGAUUAAAAACUGUUCAGUGUCAACUAUCAGCCUGAGGGGGCGCUCUCUAAGCAGCCAUUUGUCUGCAGCUGUCAGUAAUCUGAUUAAACAUGCUUGACUAUACAAACACCACCUGUAUCGUUUCAUCGCACUGUCCACUUCAUGGUGUUUUCCCAUCACUACACAUUCAGCAUUUGCUU